GGAUGACUGCCACGAAAAUGCAGACUGUAUAGACCUUCCGGAGCUGUACAGGUGUGAGUGCAGAUCUGGCUUCUCUGGAAAUGGCACCUACUGCAGAGAUAACUGCAAAGACAUGUGCAGUGGCCAUGGAGAGUGUCGUAAAGAUGAGGAUGGCACAGCGUUUUGUGUGUGUAACGGGGGGUACACAGGGAACAACUGUCAAACAGCAGAGGGUGGACUUUUAACCAUCACUACUGUCAGUGGUGUUGGAGCAUCUCUCAUUCUAUUCACUGCUGCAGUCGUCAUCAUCUUCUGUGUCCUCAAAAGACGUCGAGCUAAUGAUAAGGACGAGAAUGAAUAUCAGGGCCUCAGUAUUGGUCGUGUCCACCGUGAAGAUGAAAUAGUCAUCUACCCCAAUGUGAUGCCAGUUCGCCUAAACCCUAUGUACCUCGGAGACUCGGAUGAUCCAACCCAUCCUGUCCGAUCCACCCCAAGCAUUGACCUUGAGAGUCCAUGGAGCUUACACCGUACUGGGGACGAACCUGAACUUUGGAGGAAUCCGUCACUAUCAUCAGACUCCUCACAGGAGCCUCAAAUCCGCCAGACACACUUCAACCUCAACCAUUCUGUUGAUGGCAAUUUUGACAUAUCAGAAUCCUACUUCUGAAAGAAAGCACAUGAAUUCAAGAGUUUGGCGACAAUAGUAGUCUACAACUGCCCUGUCAGUUGCUGAUGUUCUUCAGGUUCCUUAGGCAGUACUAUUGCCUCACCAUGGCAACAAGUUCACAGCCAAAGGGAGAGCGUCCUCCGGUCAAAGAUAGACCAAUCCCAGGAGACUGGAAGCCAUACCAUUCACAGUGGACAUGUGGCAGUGAUGGACCACAACCUGGCGAUAAGGUCAAGGAUGGAUGGACAACGCCCUUAGGACAAGAACAAGGGUUGACCACUACCUGGGGACAAGGACAAGGGUGGACCACAACCUGGCGAUAAGGUCAAGGGUUGACCACAACCUAGUGAUAAGGUCAGAGGGGGACAACACCCUUAGGACAAGAACAAGGGUUGACCACAACCUGGGGACAAGGACAAGGGUUGACCACAACCUGGGGACAAGAACAAGGGUGGACCACAACCUGGGGAUAAGGUCAAGGAUGGAUGGACAACGCCCUUAGGACAAGAACAAGGGUUGACCACAACCUGGGGACAAGAACAAGGGUUGACCACUACCUGGGGACAAGGACAAGGGUUGACCACAACCUGGGGACAAGGACAAGGGUUGACCACAACCAGGGGACAAGAACAGGGGUUGACCACUACCUGGGGACAAGGACAAGGGUUGACCACAACCUGGGGACAAGGACAAGGGUUGACCACUACCUGGGGACAAGGACAAGUGUGGACCACAACCUGGGGACAAGGUCAAGGGUUGACCACAGCCUGGGGACAAGAACAAGGGUUGACCACAACCUGGGGACAAGGGUUGACCACAACCUAGGAACAAGGACAAGGGUUGACCACAACCUGGGGACAAGGACAAGGGUUGACCACUACCUGGGGACAAGGACAAGGGUUGACCACAACCUGGUGAUAAGCUCAGGGAUGGACCCCAACCUGGGGAUAAGAUCUAAGACACCCUUGAGACAAUGUCAGCGAUGGACCACUUUUUGAGGAAGAAGUUGAGAAUGUUGAACCACAUGAUUACCAAGUGUCCUACAGCCCAACCUAGUACAGGUCACAUCCACAAAAAUUAAAAAAUGUCCUACGGCUAAACCUGGUAUAGGCCACAUUCACCAUUAUUACAGAGGAAAUGCCCUAUUGUGUAACCUCAUGCAAACCACAUCUGGUUUAGUCCAACACAACGAUUACAGAUGAAGUUUCCACUGGCCUAGUAACCUGAUACAGGCCACAACCACAAUGAUUACAGGCAAAGUGUCUACAGCAUAACCCGGAACAGGCCACAACCACGAUUACAGGCAAAAAUUAAGCCUUAAGUGAUUACAGAUGUAUUUCAUGACCUGAGAACAUAUCACAGUGGCGAGUCCUGCCAUUUACUAGAUAAUGAAGCAUUUAAUAAAAGAUUAUUUUUCAGAUGUAAAAUUGAGUGUCUGAUCGUAUUAUAGUGUUUCUGGGUGUAUAUAGAGUGUCUGAUCGUGUUAUGGUGUUUGUGGGUGUAUAGAGAGUGUCUGAUCGUGUUACGGUGUUUCUGGGUUUAUAUAGAGUGUCUGAUCGUGUUACGGUGUUUCUGGGUGUAUACGGAGUGUCUGAUCGUGUUACGGUGUUUCUGGGUGUAUAUAGAGUGUCUGAUCGUGUUACGGUGUUUCUGGGUGUAUACGGAGUGUCUGAUCGUGUUACGGUGUUUCUGGGUGUAUAUAGAGUAUCUGAUCGUGGUAGUGUUUCUGGGUGUAUAAUUGAGUCUUUUUUCUUUUUCUUUUUGUGUAUUAUGGAGUAUUUUUUUGUGUAUACUAAAGUAAGUUUGACUGGUAGGGUGAGCUGUAUUGUGUUUAAUUUGUUACAGCUGCUGCCUUAUGCUUUCUUAUAAAUUGUUAGUUAAUUUUAUUGAUUAAUUGUAAAGUGAUGAAGAUUUAUUUUGACACUUAUGACUGUACAUGUGGUUUUUUGUAGAACUUUGAUGCCCUGCCUAUAUGCCAUACAGGUAGUUUAGUUUUGUACAUAUUAUAAACAAAUACUCAUUAAACACCAAUAUGAAAGUUUUCUUUUCUGCUCAUAAUACAUGCACAUGUAUAUAUUAUGCAUCUAAAUAUGAGCAUAUAUUGUAUAUAAGUUUAGAGGUCGACUCAUCAGUUUUGGCUGAUGUGAAUUUUCUUACAACAUAGUUGUUAAAAGGUUGCUUUCCAAAAACUGAGACUUCCCUAUUUAUUAUCAAUACGAUCGGGAAAUCGGGCAGGGAGUCUGAAAUUUAGAGAUAACCCUAUUUAUUAUCAAUACGAUCGGGAGAUGGGACAGGGAGUCUGAAUUUAGAAAUGAUCCUUUUUGUUAUCAAUACAAUUGGGAGAUGGGACAGGGAGUCUGAAAUUUAGAGAUUAUCCUUUUUGUUAUCAAUACAAUCGGGAAAUCGGGCAGGGAGUCGGACAUAGAGAGACUUCCCUAUAUAUUAUCAAUAUGAUCGGGAGAUGGGACAGGGAGUCUGAAAUUGAGAAACUGGCAACUAAAUCAGGGAUAGUUGGCAGGUAUGAAUGUGUAUGUUUACCAGUUUUAGAAGCCACGCCUGGCAUAUCUUUUAUGUCUUACACUUGUUACGUAGGUUUGUUUGUAGAUACAGGUGUGUGUACAUGAAGAAUAUCAAUAUAGACUGUCCAGUAUGACUGAUAUAAAAUGUAACAAACUAAUGUGAAGCAUGUUAACAAAUGUUAUAAUUGGGAUCAUACCAGUAUGUAUAAUGAAGAUGGAUAUGUGUUUGUGUAUGUACCAGGUUAUAUGUGGAGUAUUUGGGAUAUGUGUGUAUACCAUUUUAUAUAUAAGUGUUUAGGAUGUACAUGUACCUGGUCAUCAGUGAUACUAGUAUAGUGUGAGAAUGCAAGCAUUUGUGAUAUAUCCUCACACAAAAAGUGUGACAAGUGUACAUGAUAUUUAGUAAUGAUUUCAUUGAUAUAUGUGACAAUAAGUUACACAAUAUGGAGACAUCAAUACAGGAUAGGGAACAAAAACACAUGAUAAAAAAAGAUGUCAAUAACAACACUGCUUGAUUAAUUCAACUAUAAUGAAAAUAUGGAAAGCCCUGUUCAGAAUGUAUAUCUUGUUGGAUAUGGCUUUUAUGUAGAAUGAACUCCUAGUUAUAUAGGUAGUAAGUAUCCUGUAGAGAAUAACUAUAUUCCGGUGAGGUUGAUAUUUUGGUGCCAUGUCAUAGUAUAAAUUGUUCAUUUUUGACAUACUUAUAUUUUUUUGUAGUUUGUGCCAAAUUUGAGCAUGGUUAUUUGAUGUGAGAGUGUUUAUUACAAGUAAAGAUAUUUGUUUUUCUGAUGUCAUUAGUUUGUGUACAGGUUAUACCAGUAAUAGGGUUUUUAUCAAUGGAAAUCCACUGUAGAUAUUGAACACAUUGAAGUGUUUAUGAGAUCACAACUUUUCCUCAUGUUUCAUAUCCUAAGAAUGACUUUGGCAUCUACAUUUUCAUUAAUAGUCAUACAUAUCAGAUUUCUGGCUUAACCAGAUGGUGCUGCUCUCAUCUGAUGGACACUCAGGAGUAUUUAUGAUUAAUUCUCUCAUCAUUCAUCUAUGGUCUUACAUAUUUCCUGAACAUUUACCAGAUUUUGUUUGAUUAUCAAUAUUUAGCAGCUUGCCAUAGAGGUAGGAUCUACACACAUGUUGUUUCUUCAUCAUAGAAUCAACACACAAGUUAUGUCCGUCAUCAUAGAAUCAACACACAAGUUAUGUCCGUCAUCACAGAAUCAACACACAAGUUAUGUCGUCAUCAUAGAAUCAACACACAAGUUAUGUCCGUCAUCACAGAAUCAACACACAAGUUAUGUCCGUCAUCAUAGAAUCAACACACAAGUUAUGUCCGUCAUCAUAGAAUCAACACACAAGUUAUGUCCGUCAUCAUAGAAUCAACACACAAGUUAUGUCUCUCAUCACAGAAUCAACCCACAACUUAUGUCCGUCAUCAUAGACUCAACAUACAAUUUAUGUCCGUCAUCAUAGAAUCAACACACAAGUUAUGUCUGUCAUCAUAGAAUCAACACACAAGUUAUGUCCGUCAUCACAGAAUCAACACACAAGUUAUGUCCGUCGUCAUAGAAUCAACAAACAAGUUGUGUGUCAUCAGAGAAUCAACACACAAGUUAUGUCCGUCAUCAUAGAAUCAACACACAAGUUAUGUCCAUCAUCACAGAAUCAACAUAUGAGUUAUGUUUGUCAUAGAAUCAACAUGCAAGCUUUGUCUGUCAUCAUAGAAUCAACACAUAAGGUAAUAAUUUAUGUGUCAUCAUAGAUCAAUAUACUUGUUAAAAACAUACGAAUCGCACAAAGGAAAUAAAAAUCUUUGAAUCAGUCUGAACUAGUGACAUCAGGAAAUAUUUAAUAUAAGCCUCUGUUGGAACAGAAAAUGUGAUACUCUUGUGUAUGGACUUUUGAAUGUGCAAUGCAUUGGAUGAUACUGUUGUUAUAUAUUUAUUUAUGGCAUGCUCGAUGCAAUCACAGUGCUACACACUUGUACAUAACUAUACUAUGGCCUUAUAUAUCUCAAAUUAUUUUUAAUAUGAGAGACUGAAUAUUGUACAUCAGAUGUAUAGAUCAAAAUCAAACGUGUUACUGAUGUAGAUCACUCAAUAAAAUCAUUAUUAUGUGU